UAUAUGUACUAUCUAUAUCAUAAAGUCAAUGACCAGAGUAAAUCCCUGUUAAGUCACGCAACGUUGUAUCAAAAAUGGAACUGACUUUCAACUAUUAUAAUGUGAUAGUUAUAAUUAUGUAUCUGUCAGGUAUCUAUUGCAACCAUACAACACGUAUUUCUACGACAACGGACUAUGGAUACAUGUAUUUGGACGAGUAUGGAAUUUCAACCAGUGGUUCAACUUUCAUCACUUUUCAGGUACAAGCUUGUAGCGACGCCCAUAUAGCCCUAAAAUACCAGAGGAAAGAACAACCAAUCGAAAUUGUCAUAGGUGGAUGGAGAAAUACACGAUCUUGUAUACGGCUCACCCCACAAGACAAUUGCUCUGUUACAACCAUGGGAGCGAUGUUGGAUUGCGCAGAAUAUCGCCAAUUUACUUUGUAUUGGACAGAAAGCCAAAUUUUUGUUAAAAAUGGAAACAGAAUGGCAGAGAAGUCAAACAUAUUUCUUAACCUUCCUUUAAACUUUAACAUUUCUGAUAUAAAAGUAGGAAUAUCCACCGGCUAUGGGUUUUCUGGAAAAUGGAUGCUUGAAGAUAUCAACUGUUUGCAAACAUGUUUUUCUACAUCAACUUCAUAUGGAUACAUGUACUUAAGGGAUUAUGGAAUUUCAACCAGUGGUUCAACUUUCAUCACUUUCAUGGUGCAAGCAUGUAGCGACGCCCAUAUAGCUUUAAGUUCCCCAUCGAAAGAAAAACCAAUCGAAAUCGUCAUAAGUGGAUGGAAUAACACACAGUCUUGCAUACGGCUCAGGUCAAGAGGCGAUUGCUCUGUCACAACUCUAGGGGCGGUUUUAGAUUGUAGAGAAUAUCGCCCUUUUACGGUGUACUGGGGAGACGGAAACAUCCGUGUAAAGAAAGGAAACAGCACGGCCAGGAAAUCCAACAUAUUCCUCAGCCUUCCUUUGAAUUAUAAUCUUGAUGACCUUGACGUAGGGAUAUCUACUGGAUUUGGGUCUUCUGGAAGAUGGAUUUUUGAAGAUAAAUCUGCCAGUGUGACAAGUAAAACAACAAAAGAGCCUAUGGCCGUUGAUCUAUCCGUUGUAGUGGUCAUUACAUUAGUUGGAGCGGUGGUCAUUUUUGGAAUAAUUAUUGGCGUAUUCAUGAGCUUGAAGAAGUGCAAGAAAAGUGCAAAAUCACCACGUUCAGCAAGUUCGCAACCUGAAAGUUGUACCAAGGCAACCAUUGAACCAGACAGGCAGCACAGAUUGGGGAUAGUGAGCGACCACCUGUACGAUUCAAUAACAGACACCAGUGCUCAUACAUAUCUGGCUCUUCGCUAACAAUAACGUAAAUUGAAAAUCAUGACGAAAAAAACCCAUAAUAAAAGCGUUACAAUUCAUAUAUACCCAUUAAUUUCAUAAUCAUAGUUUCGACUGUCCGCAAUUACAGAAAUGCAACUUUCAAAAUCAGUAUAUAGGUUCUCAAUUUCAUUACAACACCUGUAUAAGCAAACAACAGGGCAAGCAUAGUUCGGUAUUUAUUUUUUGUUGGAAAAAUUACACUUUUGCACUCUGUAAACGUCUAACUGUUAUUUGCAAGGUUCCACAAUUAUUGUGCUACUGCAUCAUAUCAGGUGAUAAUACAAAAUAGAAAAAAACAUGAACCAUAAAAACAAAUUCAGCUUUCUCAUGAUAGAAAUCAAAGAUAUUGAAUUUUUUGUGUAUAAGGCAAUUAUGAUUAAUUUUGAAAAUAUAAAACAAUCUCAUACCUAA